AGGGUCUACUGGUGACUGCUGAUGUCCAGUCAUAAGGACAGUAACCACAACCAUGGUCAUUCUGCAGCAGGGCGACUAUGUCUGGUUGGACUUGAAGAGCGGUCGGGAGUUUGAGGUGCCCAUCGGCGCAGUGGUCAAACUCUGUGACUCAGGACAGAUCCAGGUGGUGGAUGAUGAAGGAAAUGAACACUGGAUCUCCCCCCAGAAUUCCACCAACAUCAAGCCAAUGCAUCCCACCUCCAUCCAUGGAGUGGAGGACAUGAUCCGCCUGGGAGACCUCAACGAAGCUGGCAUCCUACGAAACCUGCUCAUCAGAUACAGAGAAAAACUCAUAUAUACAAAUUGUGGUGGGAGGACAUACACUGGCUCUAUCCUUGUGGCUGUUAACCCUUACCAAUUGCUGCCCAUCUACACGGCCGACCAGAUCCGCCUCUACACCAACAAGAAGAUUGGUGAAAUGCCACCCCACAUCUUUGCUAUUGCUGAUAACUGUUACUUCAACAUGCAGAGGAACAAUCGUGACCAGUGCUGUAUCAUCAGUGGUGAGUCCGGAGCAGGGAAGACAGAGAGCACCAAACUGAUCCUUCAGUUCCUGGCAGCAAUAAGCGGUCAACACUCCUGGAUAGAACAGCAGGUCCUGGAGGCCAACCCUAUACUAGAAGCCUUUGGCAAUGCUAAAACAAUCCGCAAUGACAACUCAUCUCGUUUUGGAAAAUACAUUGACAUCCAUUUCAACAAGAGAGGAGCCAUAGAGGGAGCCAAGAUAGAGCAAUACCUGCUGGAGAAAUCCAGAGUCUGUCGACAGGCCCAUGAUGAGAGGAACUAUCACAUCUUCUAUUGCAUGCUAAAGGGCAUGACUGCAGAGGAGAAGAAGAAACUCGGGCUGAGCAAGGCCACUGACUACACCUACCUGACCAUAGGUAAAUGUACGGUGUGUGAUGGCCGAGACGACAUGAAAGAGUACUCCAACAUUCGCUCUGCAAUGAAGGUACUAAUGUUCACAGACAAAGAAAACUGGGAGAUUUCUAAACUGCUGGCUGCUAUAUUACACAUGGGAAACCUCCGAUAUGAAGCUCGUACCUACGACAACCUGGAUGCCUGCGAAGUUGUCCGUAGCCCUCACCUCACCACUGCUGCUACGCUACUGGAGGUGGAUGGUAAGGAUCUGAUGAACUGUCUGACCAGCAGAACUCUGAUCACCAGAGGAGAGACCGUCUCUACCCCACUCAGUAUGGAACAAGCUCUGGAUGUCCGGGACGCUUUCGUUAAGGGAAUUUACGGCCGUUUGUUUGUGUGGAUUGUGGAGAAGAUCAAUGCAGCCAUUUACAAGCCUACGUCCUCAUCAAAUACCAAAGCGCUGAGACGCUCCAUCGGACUGCUGGACAUCUUCGGCUUUGAGAACUUCACUGUCAACAGCUUUGAGCAGCUAUGCAUCAACUUUGCCAACGAGAACCUGCAGCAGUUCUUCGUCCGUCAUGUCUUCAAGCUGGAGCAGGAGGAGUACAACCUGGAGCACAUCAACUGGCAGCACAUAGAGUUCACUGACAACCAGGACGCUCUGGACAUGAUCGCCAUCAAACCCAUGAACAUCAUAUCACUUAUCGACGAGGAGAGCAAGUUCCCCAAGGGCACAGACACCACGAUGCUGAACAAGCUGAACUUUCAGCACAAGCUCAACACAAACUACAUUCCUCCAAAGAACAACCACGAGACUCAGUUUGGCAUCCAGCACUUUGCUGGAGUGGUUUACUACGAAACACGAGGCUUCCUGGAGAAAAACAGAGAUACUCUAUACGGUGACAUCAUCCAGCUGGUUCACUCGUCCAAGAACAAGUUCAUCAAACAGAUCUUCCAGGCUGAUGUUGCUAUGGUAACACACACACACACACACACACACACACACACACACACACACCUAAAUUUACAGUACACAGGCAAGACCAGGAAGCGUUCGCCCACUCUGAGCAGUCAGUUUAAAAGAUCUCUGGAGCUGCUGAUGAGAACUCUGAGCGUCUGUCAGCCUUUCUUUGUUCGCUGCAUUAAACCCAAUGAAUACAAGAAACCCAUGUUGUUUGACAGGGAGCUGUGUGUGCGUCAGCUGAGGUACUCAGGCAUGAUGGAGACCAUUCGUAUCCGUCGUGCAGGAUAUCCUAUCCGCUACACCUUUGUGGAGUUUGUCGACCGCUACCGGGUGCUCAUGCCUGGAGUCAAACCAGCGUACAAACAGGAGGACCUGAGGGGGACCUGUCAGAGGAUCGCUGAGGCGGUGCUUGGCAGAGAUGAUGACUGGCAAAUGGGAAAGACCAAGAUCUUCCUCAAGGAUCACCAUGACAUGCUGCUGGAGAUUGAAAGAGACAAGGCCAUCACAGACAAGGUCAUCCUCAUCCAGAAGGUGGUUCGUGGUUUCAAGGACAGAUCGAAUUUCCUGAAGAUGAGGAAGUCUGCUGUGUUGAUCCAGAAGACAUGGAGAGGUUAUCACUGUAGGAAAAACUAUGGAGCGAUGCGAGCAGGCUUCUCUCGCCUCCAGGCUCUGGUUCGUUCCAGGAAGUUGUGUGCCUCAUAUCACGUGGCCCGACAGCGAAUCACAGGCUUCCAGGGUCGCUGUCGGGGCUUCUUGGUGCGCCGGGCGUUCAGACACCGGCUGUGGGCCGUCAUCACUAUCCAGGCCUACACCAGAGGCAUGAUCGCUCGCCGGCUGUACAAAAGGCUGAAGGGAGAGUACCGCAGGAGGCUGGAGGCGGAGAAGAUGCGUCUGGCUGAAGAGACCAAACUAAGGAAUCAGAUGUCUGCGAAAAGGGCGAAGGCCGAAGCUGAGCGCAAACACCAGGAGCGUCUGGCCCAGCUGGCCAAAGAGGACGCCGAGCGGGAGAAGAAGGAGAAGGAGGAAGCUCGGAAGAAGAAGGAGAUGGUGGAGCAGAUGGAGAAGGCCCGUUUGGAGCCCGUCAACGACUCUGACAUGGUGGACAAGAUGUUCGGCUUCCUGGGGACAACGGCCUCCUUUCCAGGACAGGAGGGACAAGCUCCCGCCGGCUUUGAGGACCUGGAGCGGACCCAUCAGGAGCUGGAGGAGGAGGAUCUUGAUGAGGCUCUUCCUCUGCCUGAAGACGACGAAGAGGAGGAUUUAUCAGAGUACAAGUUCGCCAAGUUUGCGGCCACCUACUUCCAGGGCACCACUACGCACACUUACGUCCGACGGCCUCUCAAACAGCCUCUGCUGUUCCAUGACGACGAGGGAGACCAGCUGGCUGCUCUGGCGGUGUGGAUCACAGUGCUGAGGUUCAUGGGAGAUCUGCCAGAGCCCAAGUACCACACGGCCAUCAGUGAUGGAAGUGAGAAGAUCCCUGUCAUGACCAAAAUCUAUGAGACACUGGGAAAGAAGACCUACAAGAGAGAACUGCAGGCGCUGCAGGGGGAGGGGGAGACGCCUCACACCGACAGCCACAAGAAGAACAGCGUGCGACACAAGCUGGUGUCCCUCACUCUAAAGAAGAAAUCCAAGAUCACUGAGGAGGUCACCAAGCGCCUUAAUGAUGGUGAAUAUGGUCUCCAUGGCAACAGCAUGCUAGAGGACCGACCAACAUCCAACCUAGAGAAACUUCACUUCAUCAUUGGCAAUGGGAUCCUGAGACCAGCACUGAGGGAUGAGAUCUACUGUCAGAUCUGUAAGCAGCUGACUCAGAACCCCUCUAAGAGUUCUCAUGCUCGCGGCUGGAUCCUCAUCUCUCUGUGCGUCGGCUGCUUCGCUCCUUCAGACAAGUUUGUCAAGUACCUGAGGAACUUCAUCAGCAGCGGGCCACCGGGAUACGCUCCGUAUUGUGAAGAGAGACUGAGACGAACAUUUGCCAAUGGGACGAGAACACAACCUCCAUCCUGGUUGGAGCUGCAGGCCACCAAGUCGAAGAAGCCCAUCAUGCUGCCGGUGACGUUCAUGGAUGGCACGACCAAAACACUGCUGACAGACUCGGCCACCACAGCCAAGGAGCUCUGUAGUGCCUUGUCCGACAAAAUCAACCUGCGGGACCGCUUCGGGUUCUCGCUAUACAUCGCGCUAUUUGACAAGGUCUCCUCUUUAGGUAGUGGGAAUGACCAUGUUAUGGACGCCGUGUCACAGUGUGAGCAGUACGCGAAGGAGCAGGGAGCCCAAGAGAGGAACGCCCCCUGGAGGUUGUUUUUCAGGAAGGAGAUCUUCACGCCCUGGCACUCCCCUGCUGACGACCAGGUCGCCACCAACCUCAUCUACCAACAAACUGUCAGGGGUGUCAAGUUUGGAGAGUACCGCUGCGACAGGGAUGACCUAGCAGAACUGGCCUCUCAGCAGUAUUAUGUUGACUAUGGUUCAGAGAUCCUUCUGGAGCGCCUGCUGAGUCUUAUCCCCUCCUACAUCCCUGACAGAGAGAUCAGCACCUCAAGAACGGUGGAGAAAUGGGCUCAUUUUAUCAUGGCUGCACACAAAAAGGGCAUCUACACCCAGAAGAGGUUUGAUCCUCAGAAGGUGAAGGAGGAAGUAGUGGACUUCUCUCGCCACAAGUGGCCUCUGCUCUUCUCUCGUUUCUACGAAGCCUUCAAGUUCUCAGGUCCCAGUCUGCCUAAAAAUGACCUGAUAGUUGCAGUCAACUGGACCGGGGUUUAUUUUGUGGAUGAGCAGGAGCAGGUCCUUCUAGAGCUCUCCUUCCCAGAAAUCACUGCCGUUUCCAGCAGCAGGGGAGGAAAGUUGCAGAGUCAGAGUUUCACUUUAGCGACAAUCAAAGGAGACGAGUACACUUUCACCUCCAACAAUGCAGAGGACAUCCGGGACCUAGUGGUGACCUUCCUGGAGGGCCUGAGGAAGAGGUCAAAGUUUGUGGUCGCGCUGCAGGACAACCCCAACCCCACUGGGGAGGAGUCCACAUUCCUGAGCUUCAUGAAGGGAGACCUGAUCCUAUUGGACCAGGACACUGGCGAGCAGGUCCUCAACUCUGGUUGGGCCCACGGUGUCAAUGAACGAACCAAUCAGAGAGGAGAUUUCCCAGCUGACUGUGUCUAUGUCCUGCCCACCAUGACCCGACCUCAGCAAGAAAUAGUGGCGCUGGUAACCAUGACACCAGACCAGCGACAGGAGUCGGUUCGUGUUUCGCAGCUCGUUAUGCCGGAGAGUGACGGCAGGAUAAAACCCUACACACUGGAAGAGUUUUCCUACGACUACUUCAGGCCUCCUCCCAAACACACCCUGAGCAGGGUGAUGGUCACUAAGAAUCGUGGGAAGGACAAGAUGUGGAGCUGUACCAGAGAGCCUCUGAAGCAGCCACUGCUGAAGAAGGUCGUAAACCACGAGGAACUGGCUCAGGAGGCCUGCAUGUCCUUCAUAGCUAUGAUGAAGUACAUGGGCGACUACCCGUCCAAACGGACGCGCUCCGUCAACGAGCUGACUGACCAAAUCUUUGAAGGAGCGCUGAAGGCCGAACCUCUGAAAGAUGAGAUCUACUGUCAGAUCAUCAAACAGCUCACUGACAACCACGUCAAGUACAGUGAGGAGAAAGGCUGGGAGCUGCUGUGGUUGUGUACUGGUUUAUAUCCUCCCAGUAACGUGCUGCUGCCACACAUCCAGCGCUUCCUCCAGUCCAAGAAACACCACCCGCUCGCUGGAGACUGUAUGCAGAGGCUGCACAAAGCUCUACGUAAUGGAUCCAGGAAGUACCCCCCUCAUCUGGUGGAAGUGGAGGCAAUCCAACAUAAGACAACCCAGAUCUUCCAUAAAGUUUACUUCCCUGAUGAUACAGAUGAGGCAUUUGAGGUGGAGUCCAGCACCAAAGCAAAGGACUUCUGCCAGAACAUCUCAACCAGACUGCUGCUCAAAUCUCCCGAAGGCUUCAGCCUCUUCGUCAAGAUCUCAGACAAGGUGAUUAGUGUGCCAGAGGGAGAUUUCUUCUUUGACUUUGUCAGACAUUUGACAGACUGGAUCAAGAAAUCGCGACCAGCUAAAGACGGAAUCGUUCCCUCUCUGACCUACCAGGUGUUCUUCAUGAAGAAGUUGUGGACCAACACAGUUCCAGGGAAGGACUCCUUUGCUGACUCCAUCUUUCACUACUACCAGGAGCUGCCUAAAUACUUGCGUGGCUACCAUAAGUGUUCACGAGAAGAGGUUUUCCAACUUGCAGCACUGAUCUACCGCGUCAAGUUUGAGGAUGACAAGUCCCACUUUCCUACAAUUCCCAAGAUGCUUCGGGAGCUGGUUCCCCAGGAUCUCAUUCGUCAGAUGUCACCAGACGACUGGAAAAGGUCUGUGGUUGCAUACUUCAACAAGCAGGCUGGUAAAUCGAGGGAAGAGGCCAAACUAAUGUUUCUAAAAAUCAUCUACAAGUGGCCAACCUUUGGCUCUGCCUUCUUUGAGGUCAAGCAAACCACAGAGCCCAACUUCCCAGAGAUCCUGCUGAUCGCCAUCAACAAGCAUGGAGUCAGUCUCAUUGACCCGAAGACAAAGGACAUCCUGAUCACUCACCCCUUCACCAAGAUCUCCAACUGGAGCAGUGGGAACACCUAUUUCCACAUUACCAUUGGCAACCUGGUCAGAGGAAGCAAACUGUUGUGUGAGACCUCACUGGGCUACAAGAUGGACGACCUGCUGACCUCUUACAUCAGCCAGAUGCUGACCACCAUGAACAAGCAGCGCUCCGGGCGGGGCCAAAGCAAGUGAACUUCUUACUGGCAGGAGGCCGCUGAGCUCAUCCGGCUCUUGCGCCCUAUUGGCCAGUACUGCAGCUGGCGGCGGACCUUUGCCCACCAGCUGUGGAGGAUGAGCCGCAGUCCUUCUGCUAGCUCGGAGGGGUCAAAGCUCACCGGGGAGAGUUCGGCUGCCAGCAGCAGUGACCCCGGCGAAGGCCCCAGCAACUAUUACCACUACAACUACAAUGAAGAUGAAGACGAACUGUCCAGUGAAGAUGACUACCUCUAAAACUUCCAAACUCUCCGUCACACAGGUCAGUCUUCCUGGUUCCUGAUUCAAGAGUCAAACUUGCUUGUACAGAAACAGUGUUCAGCCAGUGCUGCUAUCAUGUUGACCUUGUUUGGCUGAUUCAGAUCAAAAUGGGGACACUCAGUUUAAGCUGGAAGAUCUGAAUGUUUGAACAAUUUAAAGACUUAAAAAAAUCUAUAAACUAACUUUUUUUGAAGGUUGUUAUGGGACAUCAUACAUCUUUAAACUACAAGUCAGACUGGUGGACUACAGUAGCUGUGAAGCACAUUGACACUGACACAGUUGUUAAGCUCAGCAAAAAAUUAAAUUACUGUUUUAAUUGGUUAAUUAAACCAUCCAUUUUAUGCCUUUUACUAAUGCAUAACAGUUCUAGGAAUUAUUGGUAUAUACAGAGGGGAAGUACUGACAAAAUUUAACACUUAAUACUUAAUAAUUGUAGGCUUUAUUAUCUGCUGGUUUUCCAUCUCUUUGGACUAGUGUGAUUGAUUUAAUUCUAUGUGCUAUUUAUAAAACCUUCAUAAUUUACAAAACUUUAAUUUUGUUAACACUGCAGAAACCCUGGUUAAUCUCCAAGAGAUAAUUACAUGUUUCCACACUAACGUUAGCAUUCAGCUCACAGCUAAGAUGUCGAGGUAGAGCUGACUCUUAACUCUGACAGUAACAAUAUGACCCUCCCUGUGGCUCCGUUCUCAGGCUCAACACAUUUUUGUGUCACUAGUGACAAAGAUCUAAAAAUGUCCACGUUUUUCUCCAUCCAACAAUUUUCGCGUGUGUUUUUGUAAUAAACAUUAGAUCAUCACAGGAGCUUAAGUGAAACUAUAGACAUGAAGUCUUGUUCCCAUCUUGCCUUGUGCAUCUUGAAAUACUGACAAAGUUGUUGAGUUAACGUUCCUUCUCAGAUACAGUAUUGUCUGUGAUUUUCUUGCACAAAACAAAGUCAGAAACAUUUAUAUUUUCUUUCUUUCAUCACUUUGAAUAACUUGGUUUGGGUUUAGAAAACCAAACAAGACCUAUGGCUUUGGAACCAAACAGAGUAACUGAAGUGGCAUUGAGGGACCUGAUCUCAUUUAUUUAAAACUGCGUGACACACUAGAAACAGACCUGUAAUGCGUUUUGGCUCCCAGUCCAUAUGUCUGCUAUUUAUGGCCUAUACUGUGUGUAACAGUUUAAUAUGAAGUCUUUGUUUUUUAAUACUUAAUUCAUAGUUUAUGUUUAUACCUUUUUUGUUUAAUGUUGUGGAUUAUUAUCAACUGCUCGUGUUUAGUUUUAUAUUUCAUGCCUUAAUGGUUUCUGUGUUUCUUGUGACCGCAUUAGCCAGCAUUCCUGUGGGUUGCAGCUGCUGUUUUUUGGGGGAUUUUGUAACAUUCCUGUGGUUAUCAAAAUAAUCUUAACAUAAGGUCGACCUACUAGCUUUUCCAGGGUUUUUAGUGCAGAGGAAGUUUGCAAAUUUGUCAUGAAAGUGACACUAAUGUAGAAAUUUGGUUAUGUGGUAAGAGGUGGUUGUUGAUUAUGGAAGCCAUUCACAUUGACACCAACACUAUGCUGGGAUUAAAAUCAUGAGAUGCAGUCAAUAAACACUAAGUCGACUGCUCACUUAGACUGUUUUAUCAAACUUUUUCAUGCAUAACAGCCCUGUACUUAGAAAUGUCUUUUGUUUUAUUAAAUACUAAAGUGUACAUUUAUAACUUUCAUGUCUAGAUUUCCCAGCUUUGUGUUAAAAGUACAUAUUUUCAGCACAGCUGCCUAAAGUUUACCACUUUACUAAGAGAAUAGCAUACUAAAGUUUUAGCCAAUCGUUAAAAUAAAAAUUAGUCACCGAUCUCCAACUGGCAUUUCGGUGGUAUGAAAAACUCAAAGUAACUUGGAAUGAAUGGAAAUACUAAAAGAACACAUACCUCCACACCAAGGCUGAGCUGUAAUCAGAUUCAUCUGGAUCUGGACCUGUAUCAAAAUACACAGUGAUGAAUAAUUAAGACAUCAUAUCAAACACUGCAGUCAUUCCACAGAACUGUUAAGAGACCCUGAAAAAUACUUCAUGGAUCCUGGGUCAAUGCGAGAGAAGCUGCUCAUGGUGAGAUGUUAUUUUUAAGUGAGUAAAAAUUUUGCCUUUUCUCUGACAGGGUCUGCACCAUUACAGCGUUUUGUCAGCAGACAAUUACGUGGUUGCUGCAAUUUUCCUUGCCCUUGCUGCCCGUGUAGUGGUCCGGUUAAGCAAAUUAAAUGUGUUAUGAGUUUGUCACACUACAAGAAAAUGUGUCACUAACUACCAGUAAUUAACGUUGGCACAAAGCACACACCCACAACAGUGAGCAGUAACUGCCGGUGGGCUGGGUAGCCAGUUUGGACUGAGAGAUUGAAAAGUACAUUUGUGAUGAAUAUUUUGCUUGUUUAUAUGAUUGUGGCUUUUAACAGUUGUUUAGUCUUGUAUUUAUUAGACUGAAGGAGCUCACAGAGCUUGUGGAAUGUAGUGAAGUCACUGCUUACACACAGCAUGCAAAUGAAAUAACUCUGAUACUAUGCGCUUUAAAAUUAGUUUUUUAAAUUGGGGAGGGGGGGUUAGCUCCAGUGCGUCAUUUAACAAUGAGUUCAGGCCUGCCCAAAAAAUCCUGGCCUCAGAAACAGUUUAAACAAAAAUGCUCUAACUCCACAGUUCCCACUCUUUUCACAUCUUUAACAUGUAUAAUCGUGUUAAGAAAGAAAUUUUAUGUGGUGCAGCGGCGUAAUGAAAAGCAACAGAUCAAUUCUUCACCUUUAGAUGCCUGCUAUUGGCUAAUUCAGCACUUGAGGGAGGAGAUUUUGGGUAAACAUGAUUAUAGUCUUUAUUUAACAUUUUUAUUGACACUUUGAAGUCACCACAAUCAGCACUGAAGAAACACACUUUGGCUUAAAACAAUUUACUGAAAGUGACUUUUAGCUCCGCUUUACAAAACCUGCUUUUUACUGGGGAUGUUUUUACUUUAAGUCAAAGUUCAGGAAAAUUCCUAUGACAGCUUUAAUACAUACAAGCCCUGGUCUAUGAAAGUGUCUGAGAUUUCACACAAAAGAACUUACCUUUAGUUUUCCCAGAAAACAGAAUAUGUGCUCUAAAAUCAGAUCAACAUUUUGAAUACUUGAAAAACGCUCACGUAGUGGCUCUCCUUCCACUUUGGUUGCAUUAAAAACAGAUGGCCAGUUGUUUAUUUUAUUGUGGCACUGAUCUGAUUUUUGCUUAAAUCUAAGAUUUAGAAAUUCUUGCUAUAUUCAUUCAUUGUUUAGGUAAAACACAGGCCUGUCAGUCUGAAAUCUGCCUUGUUUUUGUUGAUGUGACGAACCCUUCUUUAAUUAACCUGCACUGGUUUUGUUUUGUGUUUAUGAUAAACAAAUACACUGAUAUUUUAACAGUGCCAACCAUUAUAUUUGAUACCUUUCUGUUCAGUUUAUCAUUUUUCUUUGUGACUAAUGCAAACGUGUGUUAUUGCCUGUGUUCCUUUUUAAUUCUUUUAUUGACUGACUAUGUAACUUGAUCAUCUUGACUUCCUGUAGUGUGUUCAUGGCCUA